UUUCAGAAACCCCAUAUGCGGCCGAUGAUUGCCGAAUACGAUCCUAAGAAAAAAGAAGUCAGAAAUGACUUGUCAGACGUUAUGGUCAAGUAAGUGACAAUGUUCCUUACUACUGCGCGGGGAUUCUCACGGCGACUAUCUUCGACGUUGCCAGCUUUUACCGCCUGUGUGUCGUGAAUAACCUAACCUCUGUGGAUUUCGAUUGCCUUUAUACUUGUAUUAAUACAUAUUGUUGUCUCUGAUUUUUAUAAGUGUAUCUAAGGGAUGACAAUAGUAUGUAUCACUGCGGUCGAAAGCCACAGUUACUCUGUCGACAUGUUCAAUAAACCUUUUUGUUCCUUGCUUAUUAAAUAUGUUUGACAUGAAAUUAAAGCAUGUUAUCACAGCUUAACUCCUUCUCAUUUGUUUGUUUGCAAGUUAAAAUAUUUAUUAAAUACCAGAUAUUACAUCAGAGGAGUCGGAAUAUUAAUAAUAUUGCCAUUUUUGUUCAACAGGACUUUGAAAAGAACAUUCGUAGUCUAUAUUAUCAAAUAAAAGAUUAUUUUCCGUUAGUAAAUAGAAGUUGAGUGAUACAGGGGUUUAUUUAGCCCUCACUUGACUGUCUGUUACCAAUAAUCUUUUAUGUUUAAAAUGGUAUUUUGUAUUGUAUGUUGACUGCUCCUUUAACGAGCUAAUUAAGCUCGUCGCCGUUCGGAGACGAUCCGGGAAGACGUGUGCAGCUUCCACGAGAUUAAAGUCAUUCGUCGACCUUGAUCAUCUUGCAAUGGACUCAUACACCGAUACAAAGUUGAUCCUAUUGAGAUCCCAGUGGAACAGCAAGCUGGGUCCACUCUCCCUCUUAUGGAAAUACCGGGACGAGAUGUUGAAGCGGACGAGGAUUACGAUCCAUUUAAGCACAGGAAGCUAGCUCAUCCAACAUCUGACAUGGAUACACUUAUUCAUCUUUUGAAGGGAUCCCUUGGAAGUGGUAUCUUGGCAAUGCCUAUGGCUUUCCUUAACGCCGGCUUGUAUUUCGGUUUGGUAGCCACUUUUCUCAUCGGUGGCAUCUGCACUUACUGUGUCCAUGUUCUGGUGAAAACUUCCCACGAGCUCUGCAGAAGGAUGCAGAAACCAUCAUUGGGUUUCGCUGAAACCGCUGAAGCUGCCUUUUUGUCUGGACCGCCCGCUAUGCACAAAUUUUCGAGGCUUGCAAAAGCUCUCGUUAACUCGUUCUUAGUGAUCGAUUUGUUGGGCUGUUGCUGUGUCUACAUCGUGUUCGUAUCCAAGAACAUCAAACAAGUAGCGGAUUAUUAUGCUAAAGACAGCGAGUGGUUUCCCCACGACAUGGAUGUCCGAAUUUAUAUGGCGUUGUUGCUGCCCCUACUCAUUUCUAUGAAUCUGAUCAGAAAUUUGAAAUAUUUAGCACCAUUUUCCAUGCUGGCAAACCUUUUGGUCGGCACCGGUAUGGGUAUAACCUUCUACUACCUCUUCCAAGAUAUACCAAGUGUCAGCGAGCGUAAACCUUUUGCUGGAUUCAAUCAUUUGCCAACAUUUUUCGGAACGGCCAUCUUCGCCUUGGAAGGAAUUGGUGUUGUGAUGCCCCUUGAAAACAACAUGAAGACUCCUCGUCAUUUUAUUGGCUGUCCAGGUGUACUAAACACUGGCAUGUUGUUUGUUGUCUCGCUGUACGCUUUCACUGGAUUCUUUGGAUAUCUGAAAUAUGGCGAUAAGACAUCUGGAAGUAUCACCAUCAAUUUGCCGGAAGACGAGGUACUCGGACAAAGUGUGAAGCUUAUGAUCGCUGUGGCCAUUUUCUUCACGUACAGUCUGCAAUUCUACGUGCCCAUGGACAUCAUCUGGAGGAACGUGCGUCACUGGUUUGGUGCCAAGAAGAAUCUCGCCGAGUACAGCAUUAGAAUCUUCAUAAUUAUAGUCACUCUGUGUAUUGCCAUUGCUAUUCCGAACUUGGGACCAUUUAUAUCUCUCGUCGGUGCCGUAUGUCUUUCCUUUUUGGGACUUAUAUUCCCUUCGGUUAUUGAGGUUGUUGCUUUCUGGGACAGGCCGAAUGGUCUGGGUUCAUAUAAUUGGGUCCUCUGGAAGAAUCUAUUUUUGAUUGCUUUCGGAAUACUCGGCUUUUUAACAGGUUCCUACGUCAGUAUUAUAGAAAUAAUAGAAUCAAAGGAAUAGUGAUUUGGAAAGACUACAUUUAGAUUAAGGCUCAAAUGAAAUUAACGGCUAAGAUUCGAUUUAACUUUGUUUCUCUGUAAUAUCUCUAUGUUUUUUUUUCUUUAAAAUGUUAUUUUAAUACAUUUUUGAGUUUCAAUCAUACUCAAAUGAAAUAUUUGAGAUUAAUGUUAUACUUACAACUAUGAUUUAUCUCGCAAAUGUCAGGUUGUGUUUCAUUAUUUUAAUUCAGUACCGAAUCUCUAUAGCCAUUUAGAUUUAAGUACUUGUAGUGUCUAACUUUAUAAACUUGUGAGAUGUUUUCUAGUGCAUGAUUGAAAUUGUGAUAAACCUUAUAAUGUUAGGUUAAAAAUGAAACAAACAAUUUGGAAAAUAGUUUCAAAAUAAAGAUUAAUUGUUUCUAUUAGUGAGAAUAAAAUUAAACACCUGGAUGAUUCUGGUCAGGAAGACCAUGUCUAUUUCAACAAUGCACUUGUUUAGUGUUACAAUUUAGGUCAAUGUAUUAAUGUAUUUAAAGCAUUUUAAUAACCAAAAAUAACAUUUACUUUUACUAUCAUUUGACCUUAAAUAGUAUUAUUCAUGGCUAGGUAGAGUUAAAUAAAAAAGCAUUUAAUUGUUAGGCAUCAUUACUACAAAUGACUAUAUGACCAUAUUUUUAAGUGAAAUUCUAAUUAAUCGAUGAAUUUUGAAUUUGAUUAUC